AUGGGCGCCUACCGGGAAACGCUGAACGGCCUUCCGGCCACCGAUAAGAAGGUGUCGGAGACAGACCUUAUCAGUGACAAUGGAAUGAUUCUCCUGAAUACCAUCGACAAGCUUCGGGGCUUAGGCAUCGAUAAGGAUAUUCCGCUGCCACAAAUCGUCGUUGUUGGCUCCCAGUCUGCAGGCAAAAGUUCUGUCCUGGAAGCCAUCUCUGGAAUUUCCUUCCCCGUCAACGAUGGACAGUGCACAACAUUCGCUAGCGAGAUCAGACUUCGACGAUCAAAGGAAGAGGCAAUCGCGGUGAAUGUUGUCUCUAAAAGCGCCUUCAUGGAGAACAAGAAACCUCUUGAGAUCUUCGGCUCCCAGGCAGGUACCGACACCAAGAGUUUGGACUGGAGCCAGAUGCCCCGCAUAAUUGAUCAAGCCACUGAGACUAUGAGUAGUGGUCAAGGACAAAAGUUUUGCGAGGACAUGUUACGGAUCGAAGUGAGCGGCCCAAAUCAGGACCACCUCACGCUCAUCGACCUUCCCGGCAUAUUUCAUGUUCUGAAGCCUGGUCAGGACCCGACGGCGCCGCAGAGAGUCAAGGACACGGUCCUCCAGUACAUGCGAGAGAAGCGUUCAAUCAUUCUCGCCGUUGUGUCUGCGAAGGAUGACUAUUCCAACCAAGAAAUACUCAAGACAGUCGAAGCCAUUGAUCCGUCCGGCAUUCGGACUAUGGGGGUCAUCACGGGCAUUGAUAUGACUCCAGAUGGUUCGACCCGUGAACAGGAUUAUGUCUCGCUGGCGCGCAAUGAGCUUGUUCCUCUUGCUCUGGGCUGGCAUGUUGUGCGAAAUUUAAGCUUUGAGGACCGCAAAUCCACCAAACCGGAUCGUGACACAAAGGAACUGGAGUUUUUCGCUACACGCAAAGCGUGGCAGAGCGUCCCGGAGCAGGACUGUGGAGCUCCACAGCUCAAAAGAAAGCUUAAGCAGGUGCUUCUUACUCACAUUGGCAAAGAAUUGGGAGACGUUAUCACCGCCCUCGAACAACGAAUCGAGACCAGUGAGAAAGUGAUUAAGCAACUCGGUCCAGGGCGCACGACUAUGUUCGAGAAGCGAGGCUACCUGACGCAGAUCGGCGCACGGCACCAAGAGCUGUGCAGAGCUGCUCUGAAUGGGACAUAUGAAGACCCGUUCUUCGAGACUACGGGCCAACGCUUGCGCGCCACGAUUGUUGAUGAAUACGACCGUCUUGAAAAAGCGAUCUCGAACGGGCACAGAUGGGAUUUCUGGACACGUCAGGACGCAGUCCCUACCCCUAAGUGGCUCGAGGAUAUUGGCGCGGCAGCUUCUUUCGGACAGAUGAUGCCUUGCCACAUUAGGCUUUCGGACUAUCUUGCCAAAGUUGACACUGUCUUGAAGCGAUAUCGUGGGCGUGAAUUGCAAGGCACCUUCGAUCCACUCCUGAUCGGAGUACUCUUCAAAGAUCAGGCAUUUCGAUGGCGGAGCAUAGCACAGCGUUCGCUCGAAAACAUGAUGAACUUUGUCAAGAGUUUCAUGGAGAGGGCUGUGAUGCACCUGAUGGAACCGAGAAGAGCGCAGCUUCUGCUAAAGCACCGUCUCUUUCCCGAUUUGCACAAGCGUAGACAGACUAUUAUGGAGAAGCUGGAGGAGCUGCUGAAACCGUUUCAGAACAGUGCGCCGAGGACUCAUAACCCGCUGUUCCGGCAGUCGUAUGAUCGCCUUGAGAAAGACCUGGUCGGCAGAGUGGCCCGGGAUGAUGCUAGUGGUGCCGACCUCAAGGAUCCGGAAGCCUGUGAGGAACUUGCGCUGAAGAUGCAGUGUUACUACGAAAUCGCCCGUCCGACGUUCGUGGAUAACGUUAUCAAUCUGGGUGUGGAGCAAUGUCUUCUCGACGGACUCGCUGACACCCUGUCUCCACUUUCGAUUUCCAGCAUGACAGAUCAAGAGAUUGAUCAGCUUGCUUCAGAGUUCCCCGAAGACACCGUCAAGCGCAAGAAGAUCUCUCGAGAGCUAGAAACCCUCCGUUCCGGACGUGAUGUCUGCCGAGAGUUCGACCAGCAUGAGCCAAGGGAGCAUUUCCCAUCUUCAGAGCCUGUGUUCUCAACGGGAGGGACAUCGAACGCCACAAUGAAUGCAAGUUCGAUGGCAGCCAAGCCUCGAUCAAGGAACGGUGCGAAAGUUGCACUGCGCUCUCGACCAGAGCCGGCCAACUCGAGCAAAUACUUGGGCUCCGAAGAGGAACUGUGA